CAAUAUCUGCAGGAAUUGUAUCAAUUUGUCUAUUUUAUUCUUUUUUAAGUGAAAAGUUAGGAUAAAAAUUUAAAAAUAAGAUGGGGUUAAAUGCAGAAUUAAAAAAUUAAGAUGAUGAGAGUGUUGGAGGGAUGAUUUGUAAUGUUGCACCUAAAGAUUCUUUAAUGUUUCAUCUGCGGAUAAUAUCCGUGGGUGUUUUAUAUUUUUUAAAUGGAUCGGAUGGGUUGCGAAAUAACCCACAACACAAUAACCACAAAAAUAUUUCUAUCCUUCUUGAUAACUUGUUAAGGGGUUACGAUAAUAGUAUUAGGCCAAACUUUGGGGGUUCCCCCGCUAUAAUUGAGGUAGAUAUAAUGGUGCGAAGUAUGGGACCAAUUUCGGAGAUUGAUAUGACAUACUCCAUGGAUUGUUAUUUUCGCCAAUCUUGGAUUGAUAGAAGAUUAGCCUUCACCGGUGGCGACAAAGAUACCUUAGCUUUAAGUAUUUCAAUGCUCGCUAGAAUUUGGAAGCCGGAUACCUACUUUUACAACGGCAAACAGUCGUAUUUGCACACCAUCACGACCCCAAAUAAGUUCGUUCGACUUUAUCGAGACGGACGUGUUCUUUACUCAUCCAGGCUCACUAUUAAAGCUGGGUGUUUAAUGAAUCUCGAAGAUUUUCCUAUGGAUAUUCAACGAUGUCCCUUAAGAUUUGGAUCAUUUGGUUAUACAACGCGUGAUGUGAUUUACAAGUGGAAUAGAGCUCGUCAAAUCGUAACAGCGGAAGAUAUGAAGUUGUCCCAAUUUGAUUUGAUUGGCACUCCAACCGCAAAUUACACAGACGCAAUAACUGGUGGUGACACUCUAUCAGAUGUUACAACCAACAAUACCGAAUUUUCGAUGCUUUUGGUCAGUUUUCACCUUCAAAGGCACAUGGGAAACUUUUUAAUCCAAGUUUACGGACCUUGCGUGCUCCUCGUCGUGUUAUCUUGGGUUUCUUUUUGGCUUAAUAGAGAAGCGACGGCCGAUCGAGUUUCUUUGGGAAUCACGACAGUUCUUACAAUGACUUUUUUAGGUUUAGAAGCAAGAACUGAUUUACCUAAAGUACCAUAUCCGACAGCUUUAGAUUAUUUUGUUUUUGUAUCGUUCACGUUUAUAUUUGCAACUAUUAUUCAAUUUGCAGUGGUGCAUUAUUUCACUAAAUACGGUUCAGGCGAAUGUUAUUUUAAUGCGGAAAUGUUAUUUGAUUCGAGUAGCGAGGAAGAAGAUUGCAAUUCUGAAAUAUGUAAAUGUAUUUCGACUUCAGCUACAACAUCGGAAGUUGGUCAAAACGAUUUUUUAAUCGAGGUAAUUCCGUUAACUCCUUGUACUUUACCGAGUAAAUCAGGAAAUCGGAUGAAUCGAAAUUGGCAUUGUUGGAUGAAUUCGUCAAAAGAAACCAAUGUUUCUUCCAUAUCGAAACCAAUGACUCAAAAAGCUCCGAGUACAUCUCAUCGGGAGCAUUGUAAGAGGAAGAAGAAAAAAGCAACUCCGAGGUUUAAUUCGGUCUCGAAAAUUGAUAAAUUUUCCCGGAUUGUUUUUCCCAUGCUUUUUUUAGCGAUUAAUAUUUUUUAUUGGUAUAGUUAUUUAUCGCGGACUAAACGAGUGAGAUAAACGUAACGAUAAAAUGUAUUUAGAAUGUUUUAAAAAAGUUAAUAAAGACCAUAAAUAUUUCAA